AUGCUAGUCCUGGGUCUGUGGAACAAGCUGCCGGGUUACUGGACGCUGCCGAUGCUCCUUGACCAGCCUCCACGGAGGAAGUCGUUCGUGUCCGUGGAAGCCGUUGGGCCACUGGACGCUGCCGAAGAUGCUGGACCUGGGUCUAUGGAAGAAGUCGUUGGAUUACUGGACGCUGACGAUGUUGCUUGGCUAGGAUCCGUAGAAGAACUCGCUGGGGCACUGGAAGCUGCUGAUGUCGCCUGGCCUAUAUCUAUGGAUGAACUUGCGCUAGAUGAGAAUGACGCCGUCGAUGACACCGCGUUUGUAUCCGUAGGCGAGCUGCUGCUUGUUACCAGACCGGAUGCGCCCAGAGGUUCCGAUGUAAUUGCGGUGGACGAGAGCGCCGUGCUGUCUGUGGGGGAUGAGGUUCCAGUGCUAGUCUGGGCUCCUGAAGUUUCAGUGCCCGAGUCCGUAGAUGAACUGAAACCAGAACUCAUCGUCCCUAUUGACGAAGAGGCAGCCAAAGAGGAAGUGGGACCACUUGUGAUGGCUUCUGACGAGCUGCUGCUGGUUAGAUCAGAUAGGUUAGAGCUACUGUGCGCGGCCUCUGUCGACUCCAUUGGAGGAAUUGCACUGGCAUCCGAUGACGUGAAGGGCACAGCAGCUUCUGUCGUUGCAGAGGCUGAAGUGUCAGCAAUAUCGCUUGGAGCUGUUGAGCUUACAGCUUCCACGGAAGAGCUACUGGUUCCAAUGGUAGUGGGUUCCGAGGUCGUCGAAGAAAGUCCAUCAGUUCCAGUGGUAGCCGAACUACUAAUGGAGUCAGUCGCAAUCGAAGAUAUAGCUGGAUCGGAGGUUGUGCUUGGCUCUCCAACGGUGGAGUCAGUGCUCGAGGGCUGGUCUGUCAUCGAGCUAGUAGAGUCCGCGGCACUUGUUGUAGCUGCAUUCGUAGCCUCCGUGCCCGUGACACCCGAAACUGUCGAGCUUGUUACCCGGUAUCUCCACUACUUGAAGACUCUGUUGGGCUACCAGCGGAUUCCGUACUAG